AUCCAAAAGACAGAUGAAGAGUGGAAGUGACCGCUGACUUUAUAAAUACAGUACUACAUUUUGUUGUUGGGUUUGGCCAAGUUUGUGGUCAAUUGUUGCAGCUGUGACCAUGUCAGUGGAUAUGAAUAGCCAGAGUUCUGACAGUAAUGAUGACUAUAAUGGAGACUCUGAGGAGGAAGACCAGGGCGAUAUGAGUGCCUAUUACGAGGGAGUAGAGUGUGAUGUGGAGCAGCAAGGUGCGGAUGCCUUUGAUCCAGAGGAAUAUCAGUUCACAUGUCUGUCGUACAAAGAGUCAGAGAAUGUGCUAAAUGAACAAGUCGAUACCAUGGCAGAUGCUCUAAAG